AUGAGCCUGUGUAUGGCCAAGAAGGCAAAUGGCAUCCUGGCCUUGAUCAGAAAUACCCAGCAGGACCAGGGCAAUGAUUGUCACCCUGUACUCGGCACUGGUGAGGCUGCACCUCAAAUCCUGUUCAGUUUUGGGCCUCUCACUGCAAGAAAGACACUGAUGCUGGAGCAAGUCCAGGGAAUGGCAGUGAAGCUGGUGGAGAGUCUGGAGCACAAGUCUUAUGAGGAGCAGCUGAGGGAGCUGGGGCUGUUCAGCCUGGUGAAAAGGGAGCUCAGGGGAGACCUUGUUGAUCUCUACAACUGCCUGAAAGGAGGCUGUGGCCAAGUGGGGGUCAAUGUCUUCCCCCAAGUAGCAAGUGAUAGAACAAGAGGAAAUGUCCUCAAGUUGUGUGAGGGGAGGUUUAGAUGGGAAAUUGAGAAAAAUUUCUUCCCUGAAGGGGUUGUCAAGCCCUGGAAUGGGCAGUCCAGGGAAGUGGUUAAUUCACCAUCCCUGGGGAUAUUUAAAAGACGUGUUGAUGUGGCCCUUAGGGUCAUGGUUAAUGGUGGACUUGGCAGGGCUGGGUUAAUGAUUGAACUCGAUAGUUUUAAAAGACUUUUUCACUCUAAAUGA